AUGUAUAGUUAGAUUUAAAUGCAGGAAGAGUUGCCUCCAUACGGCCAAUCAUAUUAGUAGCAAUAGUUUUAUGAGAUGAUGGAUUUUGAAACAAGCGAUUCUAGCAAGAUGAACGAAGACGAGUAUCAUCAUUAGUUAAACCACAAUUAAAUGCCCUUCACCAGUAGUAAUGACUUACAAUAUAAGUAAGAACUGAUCUCGUUUAGACGAAGCGAUUGUACAGAAAACUACUACGUCAAAGUUACUUGUGGUGAAACAGCGGAGCCCUCUGAAUUAUUGAAGCAUUUCUAGAUACUUAAUGACCUAAAGAAGGCCAGCUAGUUUACUACAUUAGCCCCUUCUAAAUGUGCUAAUUUUUCAAACAAGUCCAAUUCUUUUUUCCUUUUAUAGGCAGGUCCCUCUGCUGAGAAUCCAGAGAUAGUAUUUGAUUCUCUUAAUAGCAAAAUAGAGGCGAUAAAAUCUUUAAUAUUUUCUAUAUAUUCAAUACACGAUAACGAUAUGAUUCACACACAAAUAGUGCCUUCAAACCUCCUCUUUUUUGAAAACAAUUCUUAGUAGAGAUUUUAGCUGCAAUGCUUCCCUUUUCUUUAAUACUGUCCUUGCUAGCAACCCAAGGAAGAGUAGAGAUACAUUUUUGGUCCAAUACAUACCUUUACAGCUCCUGAAAUUCGCGGACUUGCAGAUCGCAAAGCUACCAAAAUUGCGGAUCCCUUUAAAAGUGAUAUUUUCUCUCUAGGAUGCAUGAUAUUCUACAUCCUAACAGGAGGAAAGGUCCCAUUUAUGUCCUCCGCUACUACAUAUGACUUUUAAUAUAAAAAUGCAUAUGAAUAACCAAGCAGGUACAUUCAGGAUGUCAUUAAAACCGCUCUAAAUUGCGUUAAAAAUGAUAUUUGUUAAUAAUUCUCUCAAUAAGCUGAAGAAGCCAUAGAAGUAUUCAAACAAUUUAUGAGCCUCAUUGCACAAUGUCUGUUACCAAAUCCAAGCGAGAGACCCAUAAUAAAUACAAUCUUUCACCAUGACUUCUUAAGCAGCUUUUGA